AUGCAGCGCUCGCCCCUGCUCCACCUGCGCAUGCGCGCAUCGGCCCGUGCGCGGCUCCGCUCGGCUGCUGGUUCCCGCAAGCUGGCCCGCUCCCUCCCUCAGCGCGCCCGCGCUGGCCACCUUCCGCGCUCAGCCGCGUCGCAGUCGUCGCCCGCCCGCAGCGCCCGGACCGGCCCAGGCAACCCCAUCAACGCGUCGGCGCAUCAGCGCGCUGCCUCGCCCUCCCGCGCGUUGUGGCCUGCUGCGCGCGUGUGCACUGCUCCCCCGAGCACCGCCUGCUCUCUGCUCAGGCCGACCGCGCUGGCACCCUGGCCGCACCGACGGCGUGCCCGCUCCGCUCCGCGGCAGCUCUGCGCUGCGGCCGGCUUCGUAUGCCUCGGUGCCCGAGCUCUUCUCCGCCCGCACCCGGCCGUCUCGCUGGCUCCGUGCUCCCCAGCACCCGACCCCGACCGGCCCGGCCGCCUCCCCGUGGCCGCGCGCUCGGGGCGCCCGUCGCCGCCCCCGCCGAUUCCGGCUCCACCAACUCAAGCUGCUCCUCCUCGCACGUGA